AUGGCCGAAACAAACAUUUUAGACGAAUAAGGCAAAAGUAUAAAACCUGACAGCAACCAGGGAACGUUCCAGACACAAACCUGACAUAUAUACGCGUUAUAUAUAAAAAUCACCGAUGAAUGGUAAUAAGCACGACUCUCCACAGGAUGGCAGCAGUGUACCGUGGUGGGUCUUAGCUACUGCAAAACAGCGAGUGAAGAAGAAAUACGUGUCUUUGUGUUGCUCACUUAGCGUCACGCUCGUCCAAUAAGUGAUAAAGAAAAAAUAGCCGCACCGCCUGAAUAUUGAGAUAAUUCUCGCCAAAGCCAACUCCCCAUCCAUUUCUGAACCGCUUUCGUCGCGAGUGUGCCGAGUUAGAGUUGUUGAAAUUAGCUUGGGAGCGGCAAACGAAUCGACAACGUGAGCAAGGGAGGCGUUCACAUUUGCACGAUUUUGUGUCAACAGGUGUAAAGUCACAAUGCUGAGAGAGGUAAUGAAGGAGCGACUAAACGUUGCCAUGCAGGCAAUAUAUGAACUUUUUGAAACAACAAUAUUAGAGUAUGAAGAAGAACUUCGUCGAACAAAAGUGGAGAAAGAGCGAAAAAGCGAGCAACUACCGGAGGCCAUUUUGGAGUCUCGUAGUUUCCACAAAGAUGUGCAGCAGGUGUUGGUGAAGAGUCCAGAAGUUGUUCCCUCUGAAUGGCAGCAGCGGGAAGAGAAGUGCCUCCAGAUCAAAAGCCCCACUAAAAUAGAAGAAGAGAACAUUCAGAGCUGUCAGGAUUGGGAGCAGCUUCCACCCCACAAGAUGGUGAACGUUGGGAUCAACACAAUCUCUUUGACUGAUGUCCAUUUGAAGAGUGAAGAGGACAAAGGUCUGUCCUCACAGUUUCAGCACACUCAAAGUGUGGAAGAGAAGUCAAGUCACGCUGAAGCGGAUGGCGAGCAUUGCGAAGAAUCUGACAAAAUUGCUCCGCUACCAGUCGUGGACGCCAUGUUUUUUCCCAAGAUCGAUGCCCCCACAGUAUCUCUGGCAAACUCCGAAUGUUACGCGCCGCAUCCCGCAAACAGCAAACCUUUGAGCUUCUCUCAGUGCGACGAAGCGUUUGGCAAAAUGAGAAGCCUGCGACCACACGUGAGGACGGGCCAGAAUCCUGCCGGCACGCACUUAAGCUGCCCCUUUUGUGAGAAAACCUUCAACUUCAAGGCCAACCUGACCAGACACGUGAACAUUCACACGGGCGUCAAGCCAUUCGUGUGCGCCUUGUGCGGCAACGCGUUUGCUCAAAGCUGCCAUCUGAAGAGACACAUGGGCACGCACACAAGCAACAAGCGGGUCGCCAGGCAAUACAAGAAAACCACCCCAGUGAGUGUGGUCAGUGCAGUCAAUUCUUGCAAGCCGGCUAUUCCUUGUUUGUUUUGCGCCAAAGGGUUCACAAAAAAAGCCUAUCUGGAGAGACACAUGAGGACCCACACAGGUGAGAGGCCCUUCAGCUGCGACGUGUGCAACAAACGCUUCAAUCGCAAAGACUACCUCAGACAUCACGCGUGUAUUAGAGACAAGAACUAAAUGGACACUAGCAUUUAAUUUUUUUAAGACGGUAUAUGGCCACGCCCUUCCGUUGUAUUGACUCAGCCAAAUUGAUUGUUUCUGCCCCCUCUCUCUCCGGGGGAAAAUUGAUCGCAAUCUUCACAAAAUUGAGAGAAACCGAAAAUUUUGCAAAGCAACGCAAGCCCUGUCAUGAAAGCAAAUUCAUCCAUGGCAAUAUUUGAGUUCGAUACGAACUGCGGGUCUCAAGGCCUCCGCCCAGAGAGUGUCACGACACAACUGGGCAUCCAACACCACGGAUAUCACAUUAUUUAAAACUGCAGCUCUAAAAUUACCUUUGUUGACAUAUUUGGAUGAACAUCCCCCC